CUGGACAUGACAGUUAGCUUAUCUUCGACUACACUUCGUAUCUCUUCAUUAAAAUAAGAGUUUUUUUUAUUAAAUACAUUAAUUAAGUGCCAAAUACGUAUCCAAAUAUUAUCGAUCAGUGCGAGAAAUAAUUGAAAAAGCGAGAUUGUGGCUACAUUACAUUAGACAGAAUUAUUUACAGUUGUUAUAUUUGUGUGUUGUCUGGCAUUGUCUGUGAUAGAUAAGAGAAUAAUAUAACAAACGAUAAAAGAAAAUCCAAUACAACCUGUUGGGCCAGAAAGUGUUCAGUGGUCAUUAGAAUGUUAAAAAUGAUUUGAAAAUAAUUAAGAAAACGAUUAAAUUGAAUACAAAACGGAUCCGUAACGAAACGCAAUGAAACCUGUGCUAUGUUUUUUCCAGCAAUUCAACUAAUCAAGAGUGUUUCAAGACAACAUUCAACAUUAAUUGCACAAUGGAUUCAUCGUCUUCGUCAACUGAUAACAUUAUCGAAGAAAAACCAUUGAUUAUAGAUACGACAGAAGUCGAUAUGCACAACUCGGUUCGAGGUCCAACAUCGCCAAUACUCUUAACCAAUAACAACAAUCAAUCGACAUCGUGUGCAAUUUGUGGUGAUCGGGCGACCGGCAAACAUUAUGGAGCUUCGUCUUGUGACGGCUGUAAGGGAUUCUUUCGCCGAAGUGUGCGCAAGAAUCAUUUGUACACAUGCCGGUUCUCUCGAAAUUGUGUCGUCGAUAAAGAUAAAAGGAAUCAGUGUCGGUAUUGUCGGUUGAGAAAAUGCUUCAAAGCUGGAAUGAAGAAAGAAGCUGUACAAAAUGAGCGGGAUCGGAUAAGUUGUCGGCGACCGAGUACAGAAGAUCCUGAUCCAGGAAAUGGUCUAUCAGUACAUUCACUACUGAAAGCCGAAAUGGAGAGCAGACAAUCGAAGGCUGGUACAAUAUUGGAAAGUGUUUGUAGUACGGAAGAGGAUCUGGCGAGUAAACAGUAUGCGAGCAUCAACGAUGUGUGUGAAAGUAUGAAACAACAGCUGCUUAUUCUCGUCGAAUGGGCGAAACACAUUCCAGCGUUUAAUGAACUUCAAUUGGACGAUCAAGUUGCAUUGUUGAGAGCUCACAGCGGCGAACACUUACUGCUUGGUCUGUCUCGGAGAUCGUUGCAUUUAAAAGAUGUUUUGUUACUCGGCAACAACUACAUUAUUACGAAGCACUCUCCAGACUCUAGGCUGGCGCCUAAUUUAGAUAUAUCGCGAGUCGGUACACGAAUUAUCGAUGAACUAGUUCGAGCAAUGAAGGAUGUUGGUCUGGACGAUGCCGAAUUGGCAUGUAUUAAAGCGUUAGUAUUUUUUGAUCCGCAUGCAAAAGGACUGAAUGAGCCGCAAAGAAUCAGAUCGUUGAGGCAUCAAAUUUUAAAUAAUUUAGAAGAUUAUGUUUCCGAUCGACAGUACGACUCAAGAGGACGAUUCGGUGAGAUUUUGCUCAUUCUUCCCAUACUCCAAUCGAUUGCCAUUGCAGUUAUUGAGCAGAUUCAGUUCGCAAAAUUGUUUGGUGUGGCACAUAUCGACUCAUUGCUACAAGAAAUGCUACUAGGAGGGGAAACAGCAGACAAUUCGUCACCGUUAACACCACCAUUGGUACCCAAUUACCGACCGAAUCACAACCAGAUCGGCGACCAGCCCCCAGUUACAUCGACGUUAAUCGAUCAACCAAUGUCUCCUUUAUCGUCGCAUAUGUCCCCUGUGUCACAACAACCAAUAUCGCCGGUUUCCGCAUCACAUCACAAUCACUUGUCGCCGGCGUCUCAACACGGACCAAUGUCGCCACAAAACAAUCACGAAUCGAUGGAUGUUCCCAUGGCUCAAUAUGACCAAAUGUCCGCGAAUGAUCCGUACCAUCAUCAUCCAUAUCGUCGACCGACGACCGUUCUCACUAAUAAUACAAAUCGCGAAAUUUAUCAAUCGCCACAAUACCGCACAGAAAACAUGAUGCUGUCACCGACAGCAAUCAUUCAUUCACCGCAAAGUAACGAUGGCAUACAGCAGGUGAAUGAUUACAGCGUCGACGGAAUGCAGAAGCGACAGACGGAAGGUCAUCGAACUGAAUAUAAGUUAGCUAGUAGUGAAUUCCAAGCUAGUAACUCGUCUAGAGUGAAUUUGAAGCAGGAACCGGAAGUUGAUGGUACAUACGAUACUGCGCCAAUUGAGGUUGCCUUUGAUAUGAUCGAUUUUUCCAUUGAUUUUGACGGGAUUUGAUAAAAAUAAUUUGCCGUGAUGAUGUGGAAGUCUCAUUGAGAGGAGAGUUGUUCGGUUUUCGAAGAAAAGAACGUUUUUUGUGAUUGAGAACUGAAAAAUUAUAAGACUUUUCUACAAAGACAAUGUGUCUGCUUUGUUAAGUGUUUGGAUUAAGUGCAAAAAAAAGUAAGCAAUAGCAUGUAUGUAAAGCAAUUUAUGACUUAAGAUGCUUGUUGUUAAUGAGCUACAAUGAUAAUGGUAAAUACAAUGAAACAGAAUAAAAGUCUAUGACUAACAUCAACACUAACUGUCGAAACUAAUAGCUGCGUCUAGGCAAAUUGAUUUUCUAUCGUUUAAAUUUCACAUUUUUAAAGCCAAAGAAAUGAGUUACUCUUGAAAAAUAAUUUCCGAUUGAGAGAGUAUAGAUUUAGACUCUUUUAAUUUCCAUGACCAUACACAUUAACAGUCGACUGUAGAAGAAGGUUCGGAUUGACCUGAUCUGUUUCAGGUUUACCGGAGCCUAAUAUUAACCCUGAACCUGAAAAACAUUUCAGGUUAAUCUAAUCCUAAACAAACCUGAAUGACAAUCUGAACCCGAAAUGCAUCACUUCAGGCUUGAUAAAUACAGAUCAUGUUCAGAUCAGAUUAACUUAAAAAUAGUUCUGAACCUGAACCGAUCACGAAUUCUCAUUUCAGCUUCAGGUCAGGCUAAGCUCGAGCUAUUCCGAGUUUUUCUUCUAAAUUCUUUUUAUCUUCUUUUGAUCACAAUUUUAAGCAAUGCUAAGAAAAACUGCUUUCUGCUGUGCACUUUAACCUUCCAUGACAACUGAAUCCCAUUCAACAGUAGUACGUAGGCGUGCAUGUAUGGCUACAGCGAUAUGGCGUCGAAUAGAAGAAACAAUCGAUUGAACUUAUAAAUAAUCUGCAGUGCCGUCUUUAGCUUUUUGACGUCCAAGGCAAAUUUUUAAUGCACAUGUUGGGCGUCAAAAAAAUGCCCUACGUGACUUUAAAAAAAAAUGUAGACUCGGGCGCCAAGCACCUUUGGAAGUCAGAGGCAAUUGUUUUUAUUGUCCAUAUGGAAAGGGAGGCACUAAUGCCCUGACAUGUGCUUCAUCAAAAAAGUCGCAAUUUGUCUUUUAAAAUGUUCAGAUCGAAGUCUAAAAUAGUCUUUCCUAACACAAGUCCGAAUAUUUCCGACAAAAUUCACGAAAAAUAUCAGUAAGCUUCGACAUAUAAUCAAAUUCACUUGAAUGAGUUUGGACUUUGGACCUGAGAAAGAAUAAAAGAAUUGUCGCAUUUCAUCUGAUAUUUUAGUCCUGAUAUUUAUGCAUUAGACAAAGUUUCAAGCAUGUUACAAACUCGACAAUUUAUUGUUGCUGAAAUUGUAUUUAUUUACGCUUUUUGUCUACUACAGACUGAUUGGUUUGGCCUUUAGAUUGCUAUCAUAAAUGUACAAAUAAAGGUGACCAGAAAUCGCCUGAAAGCAUGUGAAUAUUGUAGAAUGUAGAUUGAAACACCCAUUUUAACUCAAGAAAUUCCAAUGAAUUUUCUAUUAAAAAAAAUUACUUUGGUUACCGUCUGGCAUUUUAGCUUAGAGAAUAUACUAUGAAACAUUCAGUAAGAGAACACUUCAAUCUUUAGCUCGAAUUUUCAAAGUCGGUUCAUUUGUCUGCAAUUUUUUGUUGAAGUAAAAUCGCUUCUAAACCUAGUAGAAACUUCCUGAACGACGUCUCUUCUCAAUGCUCAUCCAGUAUAGAUAUCAGUCUAACAAAUUGCGUACAUGGUCUUGGUAUUAAUUAAUUCACACAGCACAUAGGCCGAACUGAACUUAGAUUUGUAUUUUGUUUAUUGUCUCAAUUGGAUUAACCACAUAACAUCCUCAAUGGUGAUUUUUCCACACAUCAAUAAAAUUGAAUUAAAAAUUGAAACGAAACACACAAUGGUGGCAUGAUGUAAAAAUGAAUUUUGAAAAUAAAAUUUUUGUUUUUCGUUGUCAAAUUUUAGACUGACCUUAGGACAUUAUUGUAAUAAUAAAAUUGUAGAAUUAGAAAUUGUCAUUUGGAAAUGAUGUUACGGUUGAAAAUUGUAGAAAAUUUAAUAAUUUUUUUUAAAUUAAGAGAGAACAUGAUGUCGCCAACUGUUAAGUGAAUUUAAUUAAGUGGUUGAUUCGGUCAACUUGUUUUUUUUAUUAUUACAAAAUGUGGAAGUUAGAGCAUAAGAUGUAAUGGAUGUAAUUUUCGAGUUUCCUUUUUUUUAAUCAUUCAGUUAAUGGUUGGGAUU